CUCUCACCCAGGCUGGAGUGUAGUGGUGUGAUCUCAGCUCACUACAACCUCUGCCCCCCAGGUUCAAGCGAUUCUCCUGCCUCAGCUUCCCAAGUAGCUGGGAUUACAGGCGUGCACCACCACACCCAGCCAAGUUUUGUAUUUUUAGUAGAGACAGGGUUUCACCAUGUGGCCAGACUGGUGUCAAACUCCUAAAAUCAAGUGAUCCUCCUGCCUUGGUCUCCCAAAGUGCUGAGAUUACAGGUGUGAGCCAAGCACACCCAGCAAUUGGAACCAUUUUUAAGUGUACAUUUCAGUGACAUUAAGUACUUCACAUUGUUGUGCCACUGUAUCAUCCAUCCCAAAACUUUCCUCCCAAACAGGAAAUCUGUACCCGCUAAACACAAACUCUUCAUUCUCCCUUCCCCUCGGGCCGUGGAAACCACCAUUCUACUUCUGUCUCUAUGAAUUUGACUAGUCUAGGUACUUCAUACAAGUGGAAUCAGAUACAGUAUUUAUCCUUUUGUGACAGCCCACAAGUUCUGUGAUCAUAUAAGCUGUGUAAUCUUGGGAAACUCAAUCUUCCUGACACUCCACUUCCUCGUCUGUGAAAUGGUUGUAAUAAUAGUACCUGCUUCACAGGGUGGCAGUGAGGUUUAAAUGAGAUAAUAGAAGGCACUUAGCGCCAGUGCCUGGCACAUAGAAAGUGCUCACUAUUAGCUAUUAGUUACAGCUAAGCAUGUAUUGUAAAUUAGUGGACACUGGUAUUGUGUGUCUAGCACUGUCCUGAGCACUUUACCCGUAUUAUCUCAUUUAAACUUCUCAACGACCCUAUGACAUGGUGAAACCACUAACAUCCACACCUAACAGAUGAGAAAACAAAGGCCCAGAGAGGCCAAGUCAUGUGCCCAAGGGUUACAUAGCUAGUUUACAGCAGAGCUGGGAUUGAACGCCAGGCAGCCUGUUUCCAAAGUUCGUGGGUCUUGCCGCUGCAUUGCAUUACCUCUUGCCAGUCUCUGCUGCCUCUGUCUGUGAAGGAUCGUCAUCUAUACACUCAGUCCUGGCUCAGGCUGUCAGGUGACUGCAGGUGUUUGAAGCUGUGGGACUCAUUGGAAAAAUAAUUGAAAAUGGGAUUGCUGUUUCUUUCUUUUCUUUUUUCUUUUUUUUUUUUAGACAGGGUCUCACUCUGAGGCUGAAGUGCAGUGGCGCGAUCUUGGCUCACUGCAACCUCUGGGUCCUGGGUUCAAGUGAUUCUCAUGCCUCAUCCUCCUGAGUAGCUGGGAUUACAGGCAAACACCAACACGCCCUCUCUUUCUUUCUCCUUCCUUCCUUCCUUUCUUUUUCUUUCUUUCUUUUUCUUUUUUCUUUCUUUCUUUCUUUCCUUCCUUCCUUCUUUUCUUUCUUUCUUUCUUUCUUUUUCUUUCUUUCCUUCCUUCCUUUCUUUUCUUUCUUUCUUUCCUUCUUUCUUUCUUUCCUUUCUUUCUUUCUCUUUCUUUCUUCUUUCUCUUUCCUUUUUUUUUUUUUUCAGAGCCUUGCUCUGUUGCCCGGGCUGGAGUGCAGUUGCACAAUCUUGGCUCUGCGCAAUCUUCGCCUCCCAGGUUCAAAUGAUUUUCCUGCCUUAGCCCCCCAAGUAGCUGGGAUUACAGGCAUGCACCACCAUGCCCGGCUGAUUUUUGUAUUUUUAGUAGAGACAGGGCUUCGCCAUGUUGGCCAGGCUGGUCUCGAACUCCUGACCUCAAGUGAUCCACCUGCCUCGGCCUCCCAAAGUGCUGGGAUUACAGGCGUGAGCCACUGCACCUGGCUGUUUGCUGUUUCUUAACAUGCGAGGUUCCAACCCAGUGGGGCCCACUAACAUGUGCUGUUCUGCUUUGGACCGUGGGGAGCUGGAGUGCUGGACCCAUCUCCCACCUUCUACAGCCUGGAGUGUGCUCCCAGAUGACACAGCCAAGCUGGUGUGUUUUUCCCUCAUUGGCGGAAAGUUCAGCAAUCCCUGACUCCCUCACCCUGCCCUGUUGAGAUUUUAAAAAAUUUCCUCUUCUGGGCCUCAGAGCCACCUCCUACCUGAGGUUUAUUGCUUUCUCUGCACUUGCAUUGAGCCUCUGCAGCCCUUUAAAAGGGGCAGAGCCCAUAGUGUGAUCAGCAGGUCCUGUCCCUAGGAGAUAAGAGUAUCUUGCACAGCAGGUGCAGGUUUCCCAGCAGCUCAGGCAAGAGUCCGAUGUUUGUGCCAUCUGAUCCUGAUGUCUGGAGAGGUGAGCCCUCUGUCGGCAUCUUCCUCUCCAGGCUGGCAGAGCAAGGGGGGCUGUGAAUUAAUUCAAGGUUGGGGGUCGGGGCCUUCUAUAUCUGGACUUGCCUCCCACCCGUGUCCUCUGUCCCUUUUUCCCUACGGCAGAUAGCCAUGUGUGAGCCUGAAUUUGGCAAUGACAAGGCCAGGGAGCCGAGCGUGGGUGGCAGGUGGCGAGUGUCCUGGUACGAACGGUUUGUGCAGCCAUGUCUGGUCGAACUGCUGGGCUCUACUCUCUUCAUCUUCAUCGGGUGCCUGUCAGUCAUUGAGAAUGGGACGGACACUGGGCUGCUGCAGCCGGCCCUGGCCCACGGGCUGGCUUUGGGGCUUGUGAUUGCCACGCUGGGGAAUAUCAGUGGUGGACACUUCAACCCUGCGGUGUCCCUGGCAGCCAUGCUGAUCGGAGGCCUCAACCUGGUGAUGCUCCUCCCGUACUGGGUCUCACAGCUGCUCGGGGGGAUGCUCGGGGCUGCCUUGGCCAAGGCGGUGAGUCCUGAGGAGAGGUUCUGGAAUGCAUCUGGGGCGGCCUUUGUGACAGUCCAGGAGCAGGGGCAGGUGGCAGGGGCGUUGGUGGCAGAGAUCAUCCUGACGACGCUGCUGGCCCUGGCUGUAUGCAUGGGUGCCAUCAAUGAGAAGACAAAGGGCCCUCUGGCCCCGUUCUCCAUCGGCUUUGCCGUCACCGUGGAUAUCCUGGCUGGGGGCACUGUGUCUGGAGGCUGCAUGAAUCCCGCUCGUGCUUUUGGACCUGCGGUGGUGGCCAACCACUGGAACUUCCACUGGAUCUACUGGCUGGGCCCACUCCUGGCUGGCCUGCUUGUUGGACUGCUCAUUAGGUGCUUCAUUGGAGAUGGGAAGACCCGCCUCAUCCUGAAGGCUCGGUGAAGCAGAGCUCGUGGGAUUCCUGCUGCUCCAGGUGUCCUCAGCUCACCUGUCCCAGACUGAGGACAGGGGAGCUCCUGCAUUUCCUGCCAGGGCAGAGGCCCAGAGGAGUGACCCCCUGCUUCCACUGCUUGGGCCUGCUUUCUCAGAUAGACUGACUGCUGAGGAGGCUCUAGGUUCUUGGAAUUCCUUUGUGCUCAUCAGAGACCCCAGCCUGGGGAACACGCUGCCUGCACUGCCCAGAGAGCAGUGCAAACACCACAACACGAGCGUGUUUCUUGAGAGGAAUGUCCCCGAGUUGGACAAGGAGGCUGUUUCUGCACAUCAGCUCAUUUCCCGCACCCCAUUUCUUUCUUGAUUGCUUUGUUGGGGGCCUGGCCACUUCCUUGCUUCUCAAGCUGACAAUUCUCACUUUGCAAUAAAUAGUCCAGUAUUUCCUUCCACGUGCUCACUGGCUUGCCUUUCAUUUGAGAAAUGGGCACUGCUGAGGAGAAAGCAAGCAAAAAAAAAAGUCUGGGGUUAGGCCUUGGCUGGGGUUAGUUAGGCCUGAGCUGAUCCUACAGCCCAACUCAGAGUCCUGGGCCACGGCAGGCUCUUGAAGUUGAGGCCAGACCAGAGCCUGUCUCCACUUGGACGGGCCCAUCCUGGAGCUCUGUCUGGAGCUCAGAGUGCAUAUUGAGUCCAACUUGGAGUCUAGUCAGAGUCAAUUCCACAUCACAGACCUCAGGACCCUGCUGAAAACCCCCAGGCAGAGUCCAGGGUCUGGCUGAGUGCCCAGU